AUCUAGAAAGAUACUCUUUGUCAUAAUCUUAACCUUUUGUUAGCUUAUAUAAACACACAUCUAGGCAAUAGAACAAAACAUAAACCUCUAAUAUAAAUUCACCCUACAACAAAAUGUCCGGUAGCGAACUACAACACCCUUCUAUUCAGCUAGUUAUCGAUUCUUCCACCACUACUAAAGCUCCGCGAGCAAAUUGUAACCCUUCGUUCUCCUCGAGGAAAUCGUUGUCUCCUAUUCUAGCUCGACUCCAUGCAGGGUAUUUUAGAAUCAGCCUCGCUUUUGGAAGCCAAGCACUCCUAUGGAAAAUCCUUCUCCAAACUAAAAACCACAAUCAUAGUACAGGUGACAAGCCAUCGCCUCUCCUAGAUGUCUUUCACAUUCUCCCAUCGUCGUUAUCCUUUUUACUAUGGUGCAUCUCUCUAUUAAUCCUAAUAUUACUCUCCCUUUUCUACGGCCUUCGAUGCUUCUUUCACUUCCACUUGGUGAAAGCAGAGCUCUCACACCAUGUGGAUGUGAAUUACCUUUACGCCCCUUGGACCUCUUGGCUUCUCCUCCUCCAAUCCACCCCUAUCGCCAUUGCACCAAAGACCAUCCCCCAUCUAAUCCUCUGGUGGGCAUUUUCCAUCCCAAUCAUAGCCCUCGAUGUAAAAAUCUAUGGUCAAUGGUUCACCACCGAGAAGAAGUUCCUCUCGAUGGUGGCAAACCCUACAAGCCAAUUAUCGGUCCUAGGAAAUCUAGUGGGGGCUAGGGCCGCAGCUCAAAUGGGAUGGAAGGAAAGUGCGGUUUGCAUGUUCUCUUUAGGGAUGGCUCACUACUUGGUGCUAUUCGUCACACUUUACCAAAGGUUGUCUGGUGGAGACCGCCUUCCUGCCAUGCUCCGUCCUGUUUUCUUCCUCUUCCUCGCAGUCCCAAGCAUGGCUAGCACGGCUUGGAAAUCUAUCUCCGGAUCAUACAAUACUGAAUCAAAGAUGCUAUUCUUUCUCUCACUCUUCCUCUUUGCAUCAUUGGCGAGCAGACCAACCUUAUUCAAGAAAUCGAUGAGGAGGUAUAACAUCGCAUGGUGGGCAUACUCCUCCCCGCUAACCAUGCUAGCACUUGCAUCUGCAGAGUAUGCACAGGAGGUAAAGAGCCAUGCAGCAGCAGCUUUGAUGCUCACAACCUCAGGACUCUCGCUCCUAGUUUUCAUCGGACUGCUGUUGUUUACUGUGCUAAAUGUUGCUAAGCUGCUUCGCAGAAAUGAUCCUAUUUUAAGCUUCUCCCAGGAUCCGAUGGCUUGAUAAAUACAAGUAAUGUAAGCAAUCCAUGUCUUAUAUCAUAUGCAACAGCAUGCUUUUAUGCAUUGGGCACAAAUUCGGCAGAGUUGCAUGCAUUGAUGCAUUCUACGACACACAUAGGUGAAUAUGCCCAUAUCUAUAAUCCCCGGGGAGUAUCUCCUCAAGUACUAUCAGCAAUCUAGUUCACGCCCUUCUCAAGACAAUUCAAAGAUACAAGUAUGAAUAGGCCAUCAAAUGCCUAAGCAUUGUAUCCAAGAUUCACAAUAUUCCAUACACCAACCAUAAUUAUCUGCUAAACCAGGAAGAAUAA